AUGUCCUAUAUUAGCAUUUAUCAGGUAUUUUGCUUCUUAUCAUUAUCUGUAGCUCUCGAAGCUAACAAUAAUCACCUACAACCAACAAUGGGUGUCAAAUGUUUACCUAAUCAGGUAAUAACGAAAUUAACAGUUUAUGAAGAUGGAGCGAUUGAAGCGGAAUGCAAUAAGCUACCGUGCGGUAUAUCCGGUACUCAAUGCAAAGAUAAUCAGGCAAGUUGCCGAGCUGAAACUGAUACAUUUUCCGGUAUGAAAUGGGCAUCCAAUGGACAGAGCAUUCUACAACGUUGCUGUAUAAUUUCGGUACCACGUAAACUAUACAUUGGUACAGAUUUGGUAUCACUUGGAUCAUAUUACACCGGUGGAAUGGUAGAUCCGAAAGAUCUUUAUAGUAAGGAAGGACCUGAAUUUGACUUCAUUUCGAAUGUUCGCACUGAACAAGGUGGCGUACGGAUUUGGGUUUAUCGAGUAGUAUGUCCGAAGACCACAGGUAUUUCUGAUAGAUCGACCGCGACAUCUCAGAUACAACGGUCAGCCACCGUGCAAAAACAAGUGUCGAGUAACGGAAAUACUCAAUUUGGUAGAGCAGUAGCUGAAGGUGCACCAACCGCUUACAGACCGCUUAAUCCACUACAAUACCGCCCAGCAAAUUGGCGUAUGCUACAACGAGAUUCACCAAUUCAUGCUAAGUCGAGAGAUCUAUUCGAGAGACUAAUUUGA